AUUGAAAAUAAAAUGAAGUUCGAGUUUUGUGGACAAAAUGAGUGCCCAGAGUGGGUCCUUGCAGAAUCAGCCCUACUCUCCAAGGUAUCAGCAAUCAAACUGAAGCUUAUUUGUGCACAAAUCAUUAAGAGAAUUAUUAAGGACCCCUCAUAUGAAGAAGCCAAAAUCUAUCGUUUAUGCAGUGACUGUAAGCUUACUCAAGAAGAAGGAUUCUGUAUUAUCUCUAUCCUUGACUAUAUUAUUCACUCAGCAGCAAAAUUCAAUGUUGACCAAGAGAUCUUUUCUAAAGAGAUAGCCCAUCUUGGUAUUCCAAUCGAGAAUGUGAGUGUAAUCGUCAAAAUUUAUGUUGAUAAAGCUAAGGAUCUUAGAGUUGUCAAGCACGAGAGCCUACAAAUCUCAACUCUCAAAGACACUCACAUCAAGAUCAGUCACAUCCUAGCUAGUAGCAUUGUUGGAGAUAAAGAAUACGAACCUGGGGAGACAAGAGAGCCUAUCGGUGUUCAAAUUAACAUGGGACUUGAAAUAGAAGAAUUCCCAAACGAACCAAAGUCCAAAUCCACCCGCAUUCACAACUUCGCUGUCUCUUACGAUAAACUCGCCGCCCUAACCGCUGAACUCGACAACGCUCUCGAAAUGAUGAAGGAAGAAUAACAACCCAACCUCAUAUCCAACCCCCAUUAUGAUCUGAAUUUCCAAUA